UCAGAGAGUGGAGAGCUGCCGUCUGUGGGACAUGGCCUGUCUGAUGGCUGCAUGGUCCGUCCACAACCCCACCGUGACCAACUCCAUCAUCAUGAACACCAACGGGCCCCCGGACCUCAUGUUGGACCCACGGUCGGUGUGUGUUUGCAUGGAGGAGGUGGUUGGCAGGCAGCCGGCAGCCAGACCUCCGGCGGGGCCCAGGAGGGUGGAGAACAGCCUGACGGAGGCCCAGAGGUUCUCCUCGUUACCUCGACGACCAGCCGUCAACAUCGAGUUCAAGAACGUGUCAUAUUCGGUCAGAGAGGGACCCUGGUGGAGGAAGAAAGGUUACAAAACCCUCCUCAGAGGCAUCUCUGGGAGGUUCACCAGCGGAGACCUGGUGGCCAUCAUGGGUCCAUCUGGAGCCGGGAAGUCCACGCUGAUGAACAUCCUGGCCGGAUACAGGGAGACGGGGAUGAAGGGGGAGAUCCUGAUCAACGAUCAGCCCAGAGACCUGCGGUCCUUCAGGAAGGUUUCCUGCUACAUCAUGCAGGACGACAUGCUGCUGCCGCACCUCACCGUGCACGAGGCCAUGAUGGUUUCAGCCAGCCUGAAGCUGCAAGAGAAGGAGGAGGCUCGCAGGGAGAUGGUCCGGGACAUCCUCAUGGCUCUGGGGCUGCUGGACUGUGCUAAAACCAGGACGUCUCACUUGUCGGGGGGUCAGAGGAAGAGGCUGGCCAUUGCUCUUGAGCUCGUCAACAACCCUCCUGUCAUGUUCUUCGACGAACCCACCAGCGGUCUGGACAGCUCGUCCUGCUUCCAGGUGGUGUCUCUGCUCAAAGCUCUGGCUCAGGGAGGAAGAACCGUCAUCUGCACCAUCCACCAACCAUCGGCCAAACUGUUUGAGCUGUUCGACAAGCUCUACGUUCUCAGUCAGGGUCAGUGUAUCUACAGAGGACAGGUGAGCAGCCUGGUUCCUUACCUGAGACACCUCGGACUCAACUGUCCCACCUACCACAACCCUGCUGACUUUGUGAUGGAGGUGGCUUCAGGUGAAUAUGGGGACCAGAUGGUCCAUCUGGUCAAAGCUGUCCAGGAUGGGAGGACUGAGGAUCCUCAGACGGAGCUGAACGGAGACUCCAGUCUCCACCCGCUGCUGUGGCAGGAGGAGAGUUGUUCUUCUGAAGGUUGUCACAGUUUCUCAGCCAGCUGCCUGACUCAGUUCUCCAUCCUGUUCAGGAGGACGUUCACCAGCAUCCUCAGAGACUCGGUGCUGACUCACCUGAGGAUCUCGUCUCACAUCGGGAUCGGCGUUCUGAUUGGUCUGCUGUACCUAGGCAUUGGCAACGAGGCCAAAAAGGUUCUCAGCAACUCUGGCUUCCUGUUCUUCUCCAUGCUGUUUCUGAUGUUCGCCGCUCUGAUGCCCACAGUGCUCACCUUUCCUCUGGAGAUGGGAGUGUUCCUGAGAGAACACCUGAACUACUGGUACAGUCUGAAGGCGUACUACCUGGCUAAGACCAUGGCCGACGUCCCCUUCCAGGUGGUGUUCCCGGUGGUGUACUGCAGCAUCGUGUACUGGAUGACAGCUCAGCCUCCGGACGCCGGGCGGUUCUUCCUCUUCCUGUCUCUGGGCAUCCUCACCUCCCUGGUGGCUCAGAGUUUGGGUCUUCUGAUAGGAGCUGCCUCCACCUCGCUGCAGGUGGCCACGUUUGUGGGUCCGGUCACGGCGAUCCCGGUUCUGCUGUUCUCCGGGUUCUUUGUCAGCUUUGACACCAUCCCCUGGUACCUGCAGUGGAUGUCCUACAUCUCCUACGUCAGGUACGGCUUCGAGGGCGUCAUCCUGUCCAUCUACGGUCUGGAUCGAGAGGAUCUGCACUGCGACGAGGACGACACCUGCCACUUCCAGAAGUCCGAGGCCAUCCUGAAGGAGCUGGACAUGCUGGAGGCCAAACUCUACCUAGACUUCAUCAUCCUCUCCGUUUUCUUCUUCUCCCUCAGGCUCACUGCCUAUUUCGUGCUGCGCUACAAGAUCAGCUCUGAGAGGUAGACCUGCUGGAAGAGGUAGACCUUCUGGAAGAGGUAGACCUUCUGGAAGACCAUGAAGAGAUGACGUGAAGGUUCUGCAGAACCCGGAGCUGGACUCCUGGUUCCUGCAAGUUCUACGAACACAGAACUUCCUGACAUGAGAUGUUAAAGGUUCUCAGGACUCUUCAGUAGCUGAAGCUCACAGACUGUAUCUCUCUGAUCAAUAAAGAUCAUUUCAUGUUCUACCGUC